AUGGCCCGCGAAGGAACCCGCUCGCAGACCGGCAACUCCAAGCCGCGCGUGUUCCCCGUCAUCGACACCGCCCCCGUCCGCAAGCCGCGCUCCUCCACCACCACCACCACCGCCGCCGACAAGCCCAAGAAGAGCACCAGCGCGACCAGCGCCGCCGCGAAGCCCGUCGGCAUCACCAAGAAGAAGGCCGCCACCACCAAGAAGGAGCCCACCGUCGCCCAGAAGGCAAAGUCCGUCGCCAAGUCUGUGUCGACCAAGGUCGGCGGAGCCACCAAGGCCGGCAAGAAGGAGACCAAGCCCAAGACCGCCAAGGCAAAGGCCAACGCCCUCGAGCCCGUCGCCUCCUAG